UUACCAGCAAAGCUGGUGUUCAUUACUCACCUGCUUUCUGGAUUCCUGUGAGCUCCUUUUUCUACCAUCUCAGGAAACAUGACCGAGGUUGGAUCUGAGAAGUUGGCUCUCUUCCGCCAGGAAACUCCUGGAGGCCUCACCUACCGCAUCCCAGCGUUGUUGUACCUGCCGUCCGAGUCCACUUUCCUGGCAUUUGCAGAGGAGCGCUCAUCGCCCAGGGACGAAGAUGCGAAGUUCCUGGUGAUGAGACGAGGGCGGAAGAAAGGGACGUCUGUCCAGUGGGGCCCUCAGCAGUCUCUGAUGACAGCCACUCUGCCCAACCAUCGCACCAUGAACCCUUGCCCAGUGUACGAGAGAAAGCAUCGCAUAGUUUUCCUGUUCUUCAUCUGCGUGGAAACCCACGUCACUGAACGGCAUCAGAUCACCUCGGGCAGGAACGCUGCCAGGCUCUGCUAUGUCUUAAGCCAAGAUGGCGGCCGCACAUGGAGCCAGACGACUGACCUGACUGAGCAGGUGAUUGGGAACAACGUGAGAAACUGGGCCACCUUUGCUGUUGGGCCAGGCCACGGACUGCAGUUGAGUUCUGGGCGCCUGGUGAUUCCGGCAUACACCUAUUACAUUCACAAGCGAUGCUUUGGGCAUGCCCUCAUGUGCUGGACCAAACCUCAUUGCUUCACUUUCUACAGCGAUGACAGUGGGCGUACCUGGUCCCUAGGACAGCUUCUUGACAACUUGAGGACAACAGAGUGCCAGGUUGCUGAGCUGACCCGCCAGGAUAAUAGCCAAGUGUUGUACUGCAACGCCCGCUCUCCCGACAGGUUCCGGGCCGAGGCCUUCAGCAUGGACAGUGGAGACCGAUUUGAGGAAUCCUUCUUGUGUAAGGAGUUGCAUGAGCCACCGAAUGGUUGCCAGGGUAGUGUGGUGAGUUUCUUCCCGCAGCUGGAGCCAGGUGUUCAUUCCUCAUCAGCCUCCCUCAAGAGCACCAAGUCGUGGCUGAUUUUCUCUCAUCCCACAAACAGGCACAAGCGCAUCGAUCUGGGCAUCUACCUGAAUACCUCCCCGUUGGAGAGAGACUCUUGGCGCUCCCCCUGGGUGCUGUACAAAGGUCCCAGCAGCUACUCAGACCUGGCUGUGUGCCAAGAGGGGAACCUGCUGCUGUUUGGCUGCUUAUUUGAGUCUGGGGUGUUUGACCCAUCUGAAGAAAUCGCCUUCCAACUCUUCACCAACGCAGAGCUUAGGAGGAAUGUGAGGGACAGCUGAUCCCAUGCUCUUCUCUCGAGAGAGUUUCAGCUGCCCGAAAGCCCAAGAAAAAAUUGGGCAGCUUCCAAUGCACUUGUUUCAUUAGCACAAGUGUGGGGAACCUUCACACACACACAGUUGCUGAAUUACAAGUCCCAUCAUCCUUGGCCAUUGGCCAUGCUUGCUGGGGCUAAUGGGAGUUGCAGUUCAGCAACAUCUGGAGAGCCAAAGUUUUCCCAUUGCCGUGUUAGCACAAGGACUGUUGGCUAUGGAACAGGAGUUCCCCUCCCUCUCCUCUCCCCACCCCACCCCGCACGCCUUCUGAAUCUGGUCUGGGGUUCCCCUAACACUGCGGAGCAAAUUUGGGGAAGGUACGUGGUGUGCAUGGGGGGAGGAGGUGAGAAGUUCCAUUGUGCAAAUGGGAAUCCUUGUGCUAACCGAGCGAGUGCGUUUCAUAUAAUCCUUAGCAUCCAAGGACAGGAGAACCUGUUCGCUCUCCCCUUCCACACAUCUCGGUCAAGUCAUGGGUGGGGUACCCUGAGGUGGGGAGAUGGCUUCUGCUUCCAGGUGACGAUAAACAGGCCCUCCAACCUACUUUAUUAGAAAGAGCACAGAAAAACGGCUGCUACAUUCUGACACCAAUAACCUAGAGUGGCCGUUCAUUCGGCCAGAUAGGCGACUCAUAAAUAAAAUUUUAUUAUAUUAUUUAUUAUUAACUGCACAGGGAGGUCUCCAGGGGCUUCCACAUUCGGUGUUGAGGGUGGAAUUGCCAUGCUUCCUUCGCUUAUCUUUCUGUGGGGCAUCCACAUGACAUCCGCCCCAUCAUCCAGCCAUUUUCAUCCUGUAUUUUCCCUGUGGCUCUUCCAUCUUUCUUCAGGCCAAAGUUUGACUUUCUUCAGAAAAAAUGGAAGAGUAGCACAUCCUAUGUGGAUGUCUUUUGCACCACACUUUUAUCUUUGCAAAAGGAUUUUUUUUCCCUGAUACAAAGAGCUGGAAACCACCUGGGUACCGGACAAUUUUCAUACUGGGACCAUUUUCCCCCAAAUCCAAACCCCUCCCUUCUUCAAGGCCUUAGGAAAAGUUCCAAGAGUCUUGAGCAGCCUGGAGGAAGGAGAGAAUGCAUCUUUGUGUCCACAUCAGAUUUUUAAGCAAGUAGCCAUCUGGGGACCAACUGUGAACCCUAAGCCGUCCAUUCUUGUGCCAAAACCUUUAUACUAGAACUCUUGAGAUCUGCUGGUGUUUGGGUGCUUCUGCUAUGCUGGCUUCAGUCAGCCUGGCUGCAAACAUAUGUAUAUCGAACACUACAAGAGCAUAUCAGUUUUAUACCAGUUUUAACUGUCACAGCUUCCCUCAAAGAAUCCUGGGGAUUAUGGCUUGCUGAGGGUGCUGAGAUUUUAUUUUAUUUUCAAGUUAGCAAUGUCAGCAUGGCCUGUUUUCCUUGGAUGUCUGUGUUCAUUUUGCAGUAAGGUCUUGUUCGGACAAAGCACUGAAAAGUAGAGAUGUGAAGGCCCAGGGGAAAAAAUCAGGGGGGAAAACCCUCUCUUUUUUCAUUUUUCCCCAUUCCCCCCCCCAGGCCUUCACAUCUCUAUGAAAAACUAUGGUUUAGCUGUACAUAAUAAUCCUUGGGCUUGUCAGCUCCCCUCUUCCCUCCCUGGCACAACCACAAGGAAGAGAUCCAUUUUGCUUCCUGCUGAACACGGUUUCGUGUUAUAUCUGUAGAAUAUGUCUGAAGAAACUGGUUAGCAUUAACUAUUGUCUACUGAAACAACCAAAUUUCAAAAUGUGGUUUGUGAAGUUGGCUUGUUUCCCUAAAGCAGUAGUGAGGGUACUUUUUCAGCCCCCACACACCAUGCAGACAAGCAAAAACCAUCAUAUUCAAGGACACAUUUCACCUGGUGAGGAGUGUGUCCAGGGAGAGGAGGCACAGCCUGAAGAGAGUCCUGAUAGAGGACCACAGUUUAGGAUUUGCUCAUCACCCUAAACUGUGGUUAAUUGAAAGCAAAAGUGAGAACUUCUUAUCACUUCCUCGUGGCUGCAUAGAGGCUUAAACCAUAGCUUGCUGUUGAAUUCAACCCAGGCCUAAAGGUUGACAGUUUCUUUUAAGAUACAAGGCAAAAUUGCAGCCAACCAGCAAAAAGUUGGGUUUAGAUGCCCAGUAUAUAGUAGCAUGUUCCAAAUGUGGCUCCCUCUCCUGCUACCUUUCUGUCUUUUUUUUACACAGAAGCAGCAACUGAAGAAGGCUUGGAGCCUUCUUUCUCUUGACUUCUAAAAACAAUGAGCUGCAUUUGAAACAUGCCUGUCUUGUUUCCAGUAGCUGCAAUGUAGACAUGCACACUGUUAUCUGAGCACAAAAAAGAAGCCGGCCCCUUUGAGCUAGGAAGCCCAUGGCCCAUUCAGGGUGGCCCAUAUGCCUUUCACCCAGCAAUAUAAGCAGAGCCCAGCUGCUGGACUGGGCCAAAGGAGCCCAUCUACCCCAGUCCUCUAUUCUCACAGUGGCCAGCCAGAUGCUCUAAUGGGAAGCCCACAAGUAGGACUUGAGCACAACAGCACUCUCCCCACGAAGCAUGCUGCCUCCAACCGCAGACUUGUCUUGAUUUGUGCUGCUAUGCAUUUGUGCUGUUGGUUUAUUUUUAAAUAUCUUUUGCAUCAAUUUGUUGCCUAAUACAGAAAUAGUCUCUAGGUGGCUUACAAACAGAAUAUAAGCACAGAGUUAAAAACAUGGCAAUCGCUAACUGGGAGGGCCGUUGCUCAGUGGGAGAGUAUCUGCCUUGAGUGCAGAAGGCCUCCAGGUAGAGCUAGGAAAGACUCCUGCUUGAAACCUUGGAGAGCUGUUGCCAGUCAGUGUAGACACUAUUGAGCUAGAUAGACAAAGCAUAAGGAGCUUCCAAAUAGGUUUUAUCCAAGCAAGUCAUUGCGCAAGUGGAAAGACUUCUGCUUGCGCAACUGAACUUCCCCUCCCUCUCCCACAUCUGUUUUGGAGGGUCAGAGGAGCUCCCAGAGCAGAUCUGAAGAGAUGUGAGGAAAGGGAGGAGGCGUUCUGUUCUGCAAGCGGCAACAACCUCUAGAAUCACAUCAACAGCAAAAACAGCAAUAUAGGUUACAAUAACCCGUCACAGCUCAUCAAAUGCUUCGGAGGAAAUGAUGGCCUUUCUUCUACUCAGAUGCACUAACUGACACAGGUUAGCUGCUGUCCUGUGAUCAACCACACACACCCCUCUGGGAAGCCCUCACAUCUUCGGCCCCAGUGCAGAGGAGGAGCGUAGGGAGGACAUCUUGGUCCUGUUGGCAUGUGCGCAGUGGUGCCACGCACCAUCUCUGCUUUCGCUUGGUGCAGUUGCAUUGUCUGAAGUGGCUGCACCAGCACUAGCAGAGUCCUAGCAUGCUGCACUGAGCAUGCGUCCCAUGCCUCGUAGCAUUACACCACUCCAGGGCUGCACUGUGGGAAGGGCCUGUGUGUGUGUCAUAUUUUUGAAUAUUUCUUCAUGUAAAAAAAAAAAUCCAGUAAGCCUUCCUACAGCCAAGAAAUGGCUGUGCUAAAACCUCUCUCUUGCUGAUGUUUCAUGGGAAGCAUUCAAAAAUACGAAACGCCCUACACCAAGUUCACUAUUUAUUUAUUUGAUUUAUUAUUUGAUUUAUAUCCCACCCUUCCUCUCAGCAGGAGCCCAGGACAGCAAACAAAAGCACUAUAAAACAUCAUAAAAACAAACUUUAAAACACAUUAAAACAAAACAUCUUUAAAAAUGUUUAUUUAAAAAAUGCUUUCAAAACAUGUAAGAUUAAAAACAUUUAAAAAAAGGUUUAAGAACAUAUUAAAAAGCAAUUCCAACACAGACGCAGACUCUACUUAAAAGGCUUGUUGAAAGAGGAAGGUCUUCAAUAGGCACCGAAAAGAUAGCAGAGAUGGCGCCUGUCUAAUAUUUAAGGGGAAGGAGUUCCACAGGGUAGGUGCCGCCACACUAAAGGUCCAUUUCCUAUGUUGUACAGAACGGACCUCUAUAGUCGGAAAGUGGUACAGGUCAAACCGUACUGCCUCAUUCCAUAUAAUGUGUAGACUGGACCCCUGCAAUUUGCCUCUGAAUGUUUUAUAGUGUAAUCCUAACCAUGUCCUACUGACUUCCAUGGGGCUUACUCCCAGGUAAGUGAGGUUAAGACUGCAGUCUUGCCCUGUAAGGAAACCUGUGACCCUCCAGAUGAUGUUGGAGUCCUUAUGCCAUCAGCCCCACCCAAAAUGGCUGACAGUCGGGGACAAUGGGGGUUGGAGUCCAACAACAGCAGGGAUGGUCACAGGGUCCCAUAUCUAAUUCCUCCUGUAGCCACACAGAGAGGUAUUCAUUGCUAGUCCUACUAAGAGUAAACUCAUUGAAGUUAAUAGACAUGACUAGGUUAGGUUCAUUAAUUUUUAUGGAUCUGCUCUAGGUAGGACUUAACUGAAAACAACCCUUAAUAUCUAUAUGAACAGAUGCAGGGCACUCCCAUUGAAUUUGCUGCAUAUUAUUAUUGUUGUUUAUUUGAUCUGAUGUCUUACUCGUCCUUCAACACGAGGUCCCAGGGCAGGUUACAACAAUUUAAAAACACAGGAUUAAAAUCAGAUAAACAGAUGCACAACUAUGCAUGCCUUCUUUGAAGAAGCUGGGCUGCUCCAGUUGUCCUUCUCCUUCUGAGUCCAGCAGCUGGGGCAGGAUGCGGUGCUCGUCUUGACACACUCCAAGGUUCAAUGUGUGGGUCUUGCUCAGAAUUUAAAUAGUGCCGGCGGUCUGGGUGGAUUUGUGUUGUGUACACAGGGCAGGCCUAAGGCCUCUUUUCUUCUUCCAGGAUCACUUGUUUGCUUGCUCACCACGUAAGUUUUCUAGAUGGUGCACACAAAAGAGUUGCAAAAAUUUCAUCUAAUAAAGGAGACACAGCACAAUGCUCACUUUUUCUCUCUGUUUCCCUGCCUGUCAUCUAUGUUAAUGACUGAUAUCCUUAAAAACAGUUGCCACUCUAAGCAACUGCUUAGAUAAUUUGGGCAUUUGUUCUGGCCCUCUCUGAGCCACUGACUGCUUAAUGAGGUGGGGAAAUUGAUGGCCAGGCCCAAAGCAAGCUGAGGUGGGAGCAUUUGCAUUGGAAUGGAGGUCCCUAUGUCCUCACUGUGGGAGGCUGUGUGGAUCCAGAAUUGGCCUGCACAGUCACUUACGGACCCACCGAUAAAGACCUUACCCUGGAAGACAAUCCAGUCACUUACGGACCCACUGUUAAAGACCCUGGAUGACAAACUAUUUCUAGGCUGAAGCAGCUUCUGCAGAGAAUAAACAGAAUAUCGGUGGACAGCAAAAGAGGUUUAAAGAUGUUCUCAAAGCUAAUCUAAAAAAAUGUAGCAUGAGUGAGAACUGGGAAGCCUUGGCCCAUGAGCGUCCCAUUUGGAGGUUGGCCAUUAUCAAAGGUGCUGUGGACUUUGAAGAAGCACGAGUACAGCACGAAAGGGACAAACGAGCUAAGCGGAAGGCACAUCAAGCAAAUCCUCAUUGCGACCAUCUUCCAUCUGGAAACCGACGUCCUCACUGUGAAAGCCUGUGUGGAUCCAGAAUUGGCCUCCACAGUCACUUACGGACCCACCGUUAAAGACCUUAUCUUGGAAGACAAUCUGACUCGGCCACGAGUGAUGGCCAGUGAAUGACUUGGGACAAGAUUAGUUUCUAUCCCCAAGUGCUCUGGCUGGCGGAUAGUAGCCUGCCUGUAUGCACAGGACAAAAAUAAUGUGGAACCUAUUAACCUGCAGGGAAAU